AUGGGGGCUCAGUGCUGGGAGUACCUCCUCAACGCGCGCACCGGGGAGAACAAGUCGGCGGUGUGCCCCUCUCCAGGGCGGCCCGGCCACGGCUCGCCUACGGACGCGGCGCACGUCCUCGAGGGUUUCAACCGCGACUCCGCGCUCGACAAGUACUCCUACGCGUGCAAAGAAUUCGGUGGAGCCGGCUGGGCGGCGACCGUGUUGCGAUGCUCCAAGCACACCGCAAUCGUACGGUUCACGAUUGCCACGACGCGCGAUGGCCGACCAUACGAGGACGCGCGCGUCCCGCUCAACCAACUGCGGCCGCUGCCUCCGCGACAACUGGCCGCAUGA